CCGAGAUGUUGUGGUUUCUUUGGGAGGGGGUGGGAGAUGAGAGCUCCAUGGGAUAAGUCGUUUUCAAGGACUUUAUAAAGCCUCUUUAUAAAAGGGGCCCCUGCAUUUUCGCCUUCCUCUUUCACGGAGGUUCAAACAAGAAGCUUUCUUUAAAUCCUUCAGUGGGGAGAGAGGUAAAAAAUAAAUAAAAAAUGCUUCCGAUCUCUGCGAUGGCACUUACCGGGCUGGUCUUGCUGAGGACUGUCAGCGCAGCGCUGGAUCCGACCCUGGACAAAGCCUGGGGAGACUGGAAGAGAGCCCAUUCUAAAGAAUACAGCGAGGAGGAAGAACUUUUCCGGAGGGCUGUGUGGGAGAAGAAUCUACAGAUGAUCGAACAGCACAACUCAGAGGCUUCCCAGGGGAUGCACACCUAUGAGAUGGGCAUGAACCACCUUGGUGACUUGACGCGAGAAGAGUUUAACCAAAAGCUGAACGGUUUCCAUCCAGACAUAGCUGAAGAACAUGGUGGAGGCGAGGACCUUUUCGAAGAUACUGACGCCCUCGAGACCCCCAAGCAUGUAGACUGGCGCACCAAAGGUUAUGUCACCCCCAUAAAAGACCAGGGCGAUUGUGGGUCUUGCUGGGCGUUCAGCGCCACGGGUGCCCUCGAAGGCUUGCAUUUCAAGAAGACCCGCAAGCUGGUCUCGCUGAGCGAACAGAACCUCGUCGACUGCUCCUGGAAGCAGGGGAACCAAGGGUGCAACGGAGGGUUCAUGAACUGGGCCUUCAAGUACGUCUGGCUUAACAAGGGGAUCAACUCGGAGACGACCUAUCCCUACGAGGCCGAGGAUGGCCCCUGUCGGUUCAAUGCCUCCGACCGAGCGGCCACGUGCACUUUUAGGGUCAAGGUCCCAAAGAAGAACGAGACAGCCCUGGCGCGAGCUGUGGCGAAGGUGGGCCCAGUUUCCGUCGCGGUGGACGCAAGUAGCUUUAUGUUCUACAAGUCAGGAAUCUUUCAUCGCAAGGACUGUGAACAGAUGUUGAAUCACGGCAUGUUGGCAGUUGGCUAUGGCACCGUCAAAGGAGAUAAGAAGAUUAAGGAUUAUUGGAUCCUGAAGAACAGCUGGUCUGAAACUUGGGGCGAAAAGGGCUACAUGCGACUCGCCAAAGGCUGUCACAAUCAAUGCGGCGUAGCGAGCGACGCCAGCUACCCCACCCUGUGACCUGCUGCGCGGGGCCACGAUCCCUUCUUCCAGGUUAUUUCCCUGGUUUCAGGAACGGCGGCGAGGUUUCCCAAACAGGGCAGGC